UCGCACUUCAACCGCAUCACUUUCAUCGGUCCAAAGCAUUCCGUCUCAUUUGCAGGCAAAUUUCGAACGCCAAAAAGCGAUAAACCUCCAUGGCAUCCCCGCCAUGGCGCACCUACGCCACGUUCCAGUCCUCUACUAGACGUCCCGAUACUCCCAACGUCCAGGAAUCGGCGGGAUUUUUCUCCCGGACCUUCCUCUUCUGGGUCAAACCCUUAAUGCAACAAGCGCACAAGCAGCAACUCAACGCCAGUGACGUGUGGCCUUUACGCCAGUCCAUCCAAGCCGAUGUCAUCCUCCAGAGAUUCAAGACGCCAUUGCAGCAACGUAAGAACUCCCUUCCCAAGGCUUUUGCUCACGUUUUCUGGUUUCAAUUCGUCCUCACGGGGUUGACAAUGCUAGUGUCAAUGUUGUGCAACUUAAUGGGUCCCAUGGCACUUAACCGAGUCGUGACGGCUCUUUCGGAUACUUCCGAAGAGGACGAAAAGCUUGUAACUACUGCAGCUCGAUGGGUGGGUCUAGUAUUCGCAGCUCAAGUGAUACAAGCUCUUGCGGAUUGCUACACAGGGAUACAGAAUGAAGUCACUGCUAUCCAGUGUAUUUGCUUGCUAAAAACGUUAUUAUACCGGAAGAUGAUGAAGUUGAGUGCCAGUUCCCGCAAAAAGAAAUCAACAGGAGAGCUGACCAACAUGUACACUGCCGACUGUGAGUCUUUGGUGCGUACGGCGUUGGUGGUGCAUCAGAUGUGGCUCAUUCCACUGCAGAUCAUCGUGGUUAGUUACAUGCUGGUCCGUGUACUAAGUUUUGCCGCGUUUGCGGGGAUCGCAGUGAUCGUGUUGAUGUUGUGGCUAAAUCAUUUGGUAUCGAAGAGGAUGCAUAGCUUACAACGCAAGGUGCGACGUGAGAAGGAUAAACGGAUGAAAAAGGUGACAGAAGCGUUUAAAGCGAUGAGCAUAGUCAAGCUUAAUGCGUGGGAGGACCCGAUUACGGCGAGAAUUAACGCAGCAAGGGAGACGGAGCUGCAUGCUUUGCUCAAGAUGCGCAUCAUGACGUCACUGAGCAUUGUGCUGCUCUGGGGGAUGCCGGUUUUCUCUCGCACUGUUUUUAUUGAUCCAAGCACCACUACGUAG